AUGUUAUUAUUAAAAAAUAAUAAUUUAAUUAUUUCAAAUACAAAAUUAAAUAAAUCUGUUGGGGGAGCUUUAUUUAAUGAAAAUAAUAAUAAUUCUUUUAUUAAAUUAGAAAAUGUUUAUUCAACAACUAUUUUGGAUAAAGAAAAAAUAAUUAAUUUUAACCAAGUUUUGCCUGAUUUAAGUACUCUUCCACAAUAUUUUACAGCUUUUGCUGAACCUUUAGCCCGUCCUUUAUUGCAAUGUAUUGUUGAACAAUUGGCUAAACAAUGUUUUGGGAGUACUUUUAAUAUGGAAUUAACUAAAAAUAUGUCUGUUGAUAUUUAUGAUUCUGAUUCGGGAAUGGAAGAAUAUUCAACUAAAUUAUGGAGAGAUUCUGCUGGUUUUAUAGUAACCGAUCCUUUCCGAUAUUUUGAAAUAAAAAUUAAAAAGGAAUAUUUAAUUAAUUUAUUUGGAAAUAAUUCUUCUUUAUCUUCAACAACAAUUUCAAUCCUUCCAUUAAAUUCUCAAACAAAAACUUUAUUUUCAAUUUACGACCAAAAUAUUUCUUCUUUUGGGAGGGAUGAUUAUUUGGAAUUUUUGUUUAAAUUAAAUGGAAUUACUGGAUUUGUUGCUAUAAAUAUUGAAGAUAACCAGCCAUUAGGGUAUUUACUUGGGUUGAAUGAAGGGGGGAGGAUUUUACAGUGUUAUGCUGAAAAUGGGGAAAUUGCCAGUUUACUUUUAAAUUCUUUUAUUCUUUCAAAUAAUGAUACAAAAACAACAAUUUAUUCAAUGUUUAUACGUAUUUGUAGUUCUGAAAAGGAAAAUAAAUUAAAUAAUAAAUUAAUGGAAAAAGCUGAAAAUGUAAUUCGCGUUUGUCGUUACCAUUCAAGAAUUUUCCCAACAAAUAUUCAAUGGUCUAAAAUUUUUAUAUUAAAUAUUGGAGCUAAUUUAUUUUAA